AUGGGAGGAAAACUGCAACACGUGCUGAUCUUUCUUCUCAUCAUCCUGAAGGAGCCCAACAUGCCAGGCGCUAACUACAGCUGUGAACCAUCACACUGCCUGAAGGAGCCCAACAUGCUAGACACCAGCUGUGCGCCAUCAUCAUGCUGGUGCAGGAGAAAGGGCCUCACCAGCAUCCCUCCAGACCUCCCACCAUCCAUCGAAAGCUUGGAGUUGCGUAGUAAUCAUAUUACAAUGAUUGAUCCCGAUACAUUCAAAACUCUACCCAAACUACGGUCGCUAAUCCUGUCAGACAACCAGAUAACAAUGAUUCAGGUUGGUACGUUUCAAAAUCUACCCAAUCUACAAAGAUUGGGCCUGAUGGGCAACAAGAUAACAAUUAUUAAAGCAAAAACAUUUCAAAAUCUACCCGAGCUACGAUACUUAAAACUGGCAAACAACCAGAUAACAACCAUUCAGAAAGAUUCUUUUCAAAAGCUUCCCACGCUAGAAAGGCUAGAUCUGAACAAUAACAAGAUAACAAUUAUUCAAGCAGGGGCAAUUCAAGAUCUAGCCGGACUAAAAGAGUUGUACCUGUUUAACAACCAGAUAAGAACGAUUCAGAUUGAUACAUUCCACAAACCAGAAACUACUCCCAGUUCCCCCCUACCUGUUCUCAUUGGCUCAGUCUUUGGUCCAGUAGCUGGCAUUGUCCUGAUGGGCACCAUCAUUGUUACAGUUUGGUACAAGAAGAGGACCAGGAACCCUCCUUUAGGACUGAAUCCCAAUGUUGUUGGCGGCAACACAAACGCAGUAAUUUCUGUGUCGACAAGUAGUCAUGACAACCAGUAUAAAACAGGGCAGGGCCAGGCUCAGACUAACAUUCAAUCUCCUAAAGCUGCAAAUCUAUCGGACAUGCUAGCUGCCUUAAAACCAAAUGCCAUGCACGCAGGGAACGAAACACCCAACAGAAACACCACAGCUACUGAAAUGACCAGUGGUGAUGAUCAGACAGAGCAGGGUCAGUCUCAGGCCAUCACUGAAUCCAACAGAAACACCACAGCUACUGAAAUGACCAGUGGUGAUGACCAGUAUGAGGAUAUUGACAACCCCCGUGUUAAAACAGGGCGGGGUCAAUCUCAGGCCAUCACUGAAUCCAACACAAACACCACAGGUAUUGUAAUGACCAGUGGU